AGUUCACGUUACUUCCGGGUUUCGAAGGUUGUGUGACGAUCACAUGUUUUCUUCUUGUAUCGAGGCUCUCUGGGUUUUUUUAACGAUGUCUUUGCGUGUGUCAGUCAUGUUGGCAGUGUUCUUACGACUUCUGGACACUCGCGGAAGCGGAAUUGGAGCCAGUGACGUCCAGAAGAGGGCCGAUCAGCCAGCCUCGCACUCGAGAUGUUGUCAUAAUGAACAGGGCACGCCUGCCUCGUAUAUCGCAGCGGUGUACGAACACGACACGUACCUUCUACAGGACCCCCACCGCGUAAUGAACCGUAGCGGCGCCUUGGAUCUGAUGAGGAAAAACCUCCAGGUGUUUGCAGAUCAAGCUAGUGCUGCCAGCAAACAGGGAGCCCAGAUCAUAGUUUUUCCCGAGGACGGCAUCUACGGCAUGGGGUACACCCGUGAUUCCAUCUUCCCCUUCCUGGAGGAAAUUCCCGACCCUGUGAUGCAUCCUUGGAAUCCGUGCCUCCUUCCACACCGCCAUCACCACACAGAAGUCCUGCAUAUCCUGAGCUGUAUCGCACGGAACAACAGCCUUGUUGUGGUAGCAAACAUGGGGGAUAAACAAGACUGUUCCAAGGAUGUAGACCCACACUGUCCCGAUGACUGCCACUACCAGUUUAACACGGACGUUGUGUUUGAAACGGACGGACAAUUUAUCGCCAAAUAUCACAAGUACAACCUGUUUUAUGAGAAUCAGUUUGACUCCCCGCCUAGAUGUGAACAUGUUACGUUUACGGUGUUCUCUGUGACGUUCGGCAUGUUCACAUGCUUUGACAUUCUCUUUAAAGAUCCUUCGGUAGAAGUUGUAGAAAAGUUGGGUGUAAAGAAUGUAGUUUUUCCUACAGCGUGGGGAAAUGCCCUGCCUUUGAGACAUGCUGUUCAGUACCACCAAGCCUGGGCUAUGGGAGAAAAUGUCAAUCUUCUAUCAGCCAAUCAGCAUCAUCCCUUCUUUGACAUGACAGGCAGUGGGAUUUAUUCUGGCCAAUCAGGAGCCUUGGUUUACUACCAUGACUCUGAUUGGUCAAGUGGGGGCAAGCUGCUUGUUGCUGUAGUGCCUACCGAUCCUGGUUGUUCAAACGAUGAAAACUUUUGUAACAAAAUCACAGAAUACGAAAAGAAAGACUACCCUGAACAGGACAAUAAUUACAAUACUAUUUCUAAGGUUUCAGUUGAGGGCCGACCAUUCAGAAAUCUUACUGCAAGGACUUUUCAGUCAAAGAUAGAAGAAGACAUCUACACUUUCUCACCCCUUGAAAAUGGAACAGGCCAUGUGGAGGUCUGUGAUAAUGCACUGUGCUGCCAGUUGGAUUAUUCCAUGUCACUGAAGGAGGGAGAGCUGUAUGCUUUUGGUGCCUUUGAUGGACUGCAUACAUUCCAAGGGCAGUAUUAUUUGCAGGUGUGUGUUCUACUGAAGUGUCAAUCAGACACCCACCCCUCCUGUGGCAGAAGCAUCACCUCAGCCGGCACUUCCUUCUCCCUCCUUCACAUGGCCGGCAACUUCAGCACUUCUUAUGUGUACCCCGAGGUUUCCACAGACCGUGUCUCACUGGCGCCACCUAGUGAGUGGAAGUUUGAAGCGCAGGCAAUAACCAGCACAAAGGGGAUCUCGAAACCGCUGCUGUCGGCUGGAUUAUAUGGGCGUUGGUAUGACAGAGACUGAGAUGGAAUUGCCUUCUAUUUCUUGCACUGUUCAUGAUCCAGAAACAAAGUGU